CUCCACACAAUCACUAAACAUUGCUUGGGUCUCUGUUCUUCUAUGAAUCAAACCAUUUUUUAGUGGCCGCCGGAGAUCAGAAACAGAGAGUGAAAAUGGCCGCCGGCGCCCUCAUGAGUUCGCCGGCGAUGAAGGUGGAAAAUGGAAGCUUUCCCAUUCAUAAUAAGAAGCUUUCCCACACUCUUCUUCUUCUUCCCUCAAUUCGAUAUCUCAGAAAUGUCGAUUUCUCUCAUGGGAGGAUCUUUGUCUCUUCUUCCUCCAAUCCUCAGACUGAAGAAACCUUACUUCAAGAUUUCAAUGCAACUUCUAAUGCAGAUCAUGUUCAAGUAAGAUUCCAGUUACAAAGGGAAUGUAUAUUUGGAGAACGAUUUCACAUAGUAGGAGAUGAUCCAAAGCUUGGUUCUUGGGAUCCAACAAGUUCAAUACCCAUGGAUUGGUCAGAAGGCCAUGUAUGGACUGUUGAACUGGAUGACAUUCCUGUUGGGAAGAAAAUCCAGUUCAAGUUCAUAUUAAAGGAUGGAGGAAAUCAAAAUAUCUCUUGGCAGCCAGGACCUGAUCGAAUUCUUCAGACAUGGGUAACUGCCAAAACUAUCACUGUCUCUGAAGAUUGGGAUGAUUCUCAACUGCAAACAAUCUCCGAGGAAGAUCUAGCUUCAACAAAUGACUUGGUUUUCGAAAAUGAAAUUGGAGAUAGCAUUACAGCAGAGGAGGAGGAGAUAGUUGUGGAAGAACCGGUUAGUUUUGUAGAACAGGAUUUGACAUUAAUGGAAGCAAGUGUUAAUACAACUGUGGUUUUCGAGAAUUUGGAGAGCAUAGAAGAUGAUAUCUUAGUUCCUAGUGAAAGUACACCAGUUCUAGUCCCUGGAUUAACUCAUGAAGAAGAAGAAGAAGAAGAAGACACAAUGAAGGUGGCUGAGGGAUGAAAUACACUAUAAUAUAAAGUUGUUCAAUGUCUAAUUUUCAUUUUUGUUUCCCAAUCUAGGAUCAAAUUAUUCAACCAAAUGAUAUGGAUGUGGCAAAUGGCUCUUGCAGUUCAAAUGAAAUGGAGCUUAUUCUUAAUGGGGAUGAAGACAUAAUGGAUUUAAGGACUGAAUUUGAGGAGGAAGAUAAUAGAGAAGGAAAUGUUCUCUUAUUCGCUAGUAAAACUCUAAAGAAAUGUCUUAGCGGUUUUGGAUUCCUUCGAAAGUUAUCCACUUGAGCUACUCUGUUGUGAAUUGAAUUGUAUAUAACUUUAGUGUUAAAAUUUCCUUGUCCAAUAUACAAGAGAAAUUUCAGAAACAA